AAUCCAAAGCUACCUUUAGUCAGACUAUAAAGGAUCAAAAUCUACAUUUAUUCCUCUACAAGUUUUCAUACAAGUAUACAAAGCAAACCAAAACUUGAGAUCAAAGCAAUCUUUUUUAUAUAUUAUUUGUUUUCAUUCUUCUCUGUAUCUCUCUCUCUGCAACUAACCCCAUUACUUAUUUCAGUUCCACUCUCUAUAUUUAGAAUUUUUAGGUAUAACUCUCUCCUUUAGAGGGCAAUAUAUUCUCUCAUGCAAAUAAAGUGAGGGAGAAUUUCAUUCCUUCCCAACCCUCAACAAAAUCUGUCAUGAGGGGAGCAACCUUUAGAAGAGACAACAUUUUCUUUUCCCCUUCUAUUUAAUUAUUACUACUUUAAAUUCAUCUCUUCCUCUUAGUCUUCCUCACUUCAUCCUUGUUCAGUUUCUUUUAGAGCAGAAACAUAUCCAGCAAUGGAAUGAGGAUAUAUAACAAGGAAAUGACUCAGUGCAGUUACCCUGAAAACAACCAUACCAUCAUUGUAGAGAGGCACAAAGAUAGCUUCAUCAGAACAUGUCCUACAUGUGGUCAUCAUAUCAAAUGCCAGGAGCAGGCUGCUGGAAUUCAUGACUUACCUGGACUUCCAGCUGGAGUAAAGUUUGAUCCUACUGAUCAAGAGAUUCUUGAGCAUUUGGAAGCGAAGGUGCGUUCUGAUAUUCACAAGCUUCAUCCGUUAAUUGAUGAGUUCAUCCCUACUCUUGAAGGGGAGAAUGGAAUCUGCUGUACCCAUCCAGAGAAGUUACCAGGAGUUAGCAAAGAUGGGUUGAUCCGACAUUUCUUUCACAGGCCUUCGAAAGCAUACACGACAGGAACAAGGAAAAGGAGAAAGGUGCACACAGAUGCUGAUGGCAGUGAGACACGGUGGCACAAAACAGGUAAGACUAGGCCAGUAUACAUCAGUGGGAAGUUAAAAGGGUACAAGAAAAUUCUUGUGCUUUACACCAAUUACAGAAAACAAAGGAAGCCUGAGAAGACAAACUGGGUGAUGCAUCAGUACCACCUUGGCAAUAAUGAAGAGGAGAAGGAAGGAGAGUUGGUGGUCUCCAAAGUUUUCUAUCAGACACAGCCUAGACAAUGUGGUUCACUCAUGAAAGACUCAUAUCCUGCUAAACUAAACGGUGAAAGUGUGCAUGAGGUAACUAAUCAUAAAAGCACUGGGUUUGUUGAAUUCUACAAUAAUUCUUUUGUAUCCUUUGAUCAAGGGGAUCAGCAUAGGCCUAGCAGUGCACAACUAGUCACCCAUUUCCCUGUUCAUGAUGGUGCUACUUUCAUUCCUUGAAACAAGUGGUGGAAGAGGGAGAAAGGUGAGAUGCUAUUCAUGGAAGGAGAACAAACAUUACAAUUGUAUUCUGCAGUGAAGAAAUAAGUUAAUAACCAACUAUAUAAGUACAGUUAGGAGGGAAAAAGGGGGGACAGAAUAAGGAGAAACUGCUUCAUCUGAAAGCUAGUGAUCAGAUACUUCAAUUGAGGAAGAAAAAAGCGGGUGAGGAUACCAAAGUAAACAAAAAGCCAAAACUAUUUGGCUGAAACUUUGUUUACUUUCUUUUAUUCUUUUACAAUUUUUGAAGGUUAGCUGCUAUCAUGCUUUGUGCAGUGACACGAAAAAAUAUCUGAAUUGACCUAUACUUGGGUAAAUACUAACCAUCAAUCUGUACAAACAUGACCUUUACCUUGAACUACAUAUUCCGUCUGGUGCCUUC